CACUGCAACAAAAGCUUGUUGCACCCUAGCUCUCAUCGCAUUGACAAGUCGACAUAAACUUUGGAGGUAUUUACUGUCCUGAGGAUGGAGCAACCUGAUUAUCCUAUUCCAGAACUGGAUGUUACGCUCCAGGAGGCUAGUCGGGUGCUUCAACUCACUUUAAAUCCUGACCAAUAUCAAUACUACAAAACUGCCCUUCUUCAGCAGAAAGAUGCACUCCAGGAAGUCCAAGAACAGCUGAAGAAACACAUCUCUGGACAUGAGAACUGGGUGACUGAGGAAUUCAAAAAGCGGCUGCUCUCCUGCUACGAUCCUCUGCCUAAUUCCACUGCUAUUCCUUCUGUCCUGCCCUCCUCUAAGCUAAAGGGGGAGUUUGCACAGACAGAGCGGGCUACGGCCCUGCUGUGGGCAGUUGCUAAGCUGUACAGUGAACCAUGGCUGGUAGAAGGGGAUGUACCAACUGAGCGAACACAACAGUCACAGGUUUUUGCGGCUAGUCGCCUACCAGGCAAGAUUCAGGAUGAGCUAAAGACAUACCCAGACAGCCUUCACGCCAUAUUGACCUGUCGAGGGGGUAUAUUUCCGAUUCAAAUUUUAUGGCAACCAAGUCCAGGGGAAUCUCUUUCUCCUUUACCUCUCAAUGACAUCUAUGCCCAACUGAUGCAUGCAAUGAGUCACCCAGGAGCAUCCCCCGAACAAGACCCAUCUACUAUUUGUGGUCUGUCUUCUCUUCAUCGCCAAGUCUGGCAUUCUGUGAGAAUGGAUAUUUUAAAUGCAGGGGGAGAAGCAGCAGUUUUGCUUGAAAUGAUGGAGAGUGCAAUUUUGGCUGUUUCCUUGGACGACAACCCAGCACCAGCUGAUCUUGCAAAUAUACUCAAUGCUGUCCGGCUAGGAGAGAAAAAUGGCAGAUCCUUGCGAUACUACGAUAAGGUGGUGAACUUGGUGGUUUUUAAAGAUGGCCAAGCAGGUAUGUUGUUCGAGCAUAGUGCCCUGGAUGGAAUGGUAGCUGGACUUAUCGUUGAACGUCUGUGGCAGCUCUCAGAAUCAAAAAACAUAGAAAUGAUAAACAACCAAACCAAUGGUUUAGCUCCACCCUCAAAUGCUGGUUCCCUUCAUCCUAAACCUCUGAAGAUGCCACUGGAAGGCAUAACCAUGCCAAAUCAGUCUCUUUCUAGCCUUCUACAAGCCAGCCAGUCUGUCAUGACUUUUGAAGUUUCAUCUUACCCAGAUGUGUUCACCACAUUAAGGGGCCACAGAGGUUUGUAUGAUGCAUGGAUUAAUUUUACUUUGCAGCUAUCCUUGAGGCAGACACUUGGGGAUGCAGCUACUAGACUUAUCAUGGUGACACCUACUCACAUGCGUCACUUCAAACAUGGCCGCUGUGAUCCCACAUACUCCACAACUGUGAGAUCUCACCAGCUUGUUACAGCACUAGUGACCUGCAUUGGCCCAGACAAGGUUCCCCGGUACACAAAUGAGCUUUUCAGGCUCUUUCACCUUGCCUUUUUAGAGCACAAAAACCUAAUUAAAGCAACAAAACUUGGCCUUGGCGUGGGGCCUCAUCUGGCAGCCUUGCGCAGAUCUAUGUCUCAAGAUAACCCACUCAAAAAGUUUCUUGACCCUUUUGGAUGCCCUUCAAUUUACUUGACUGGAUCAGAUCUGAUGGAGGGAGUUGAGUGUGCUGUAGGUAAUGUGUAUGCUACAGACCAACUGGCAGUCACAUAUCUAGGAAGGAAGGACAAAGUACGUCUAGUGCUGAAUGGGAAGGGUACUUUCGCCAACAUUCUGGGAAAUCUCAAAGAAAGACUUGAGCUCAAUCUAGAACUAGUAAUGCUUCUGGCACUAAGGUAUGCCAUUGCUGGGCAGAUGGGAGCCACUGAAUGUCUCCUGCAAGAUAAUGAAGAAAAACUAGUAAAUGGAUCUUCAGUGGAUGAUGCAGUCAAAGCUGUAGAGCAGAAAGGACACAACAAAAUCAGGAAGACAGAUUUCACUUUAGUGAUUCAUGGCGGGGCAGGAGAGGAAAUUAUGUUGAAUCAAAAGGUGAUUGGGACCAUCGAAUUUGCUCUUCAAACAGCUCUAACUCUUGGAGCACAAGUGCUUUUUCAUGGAGGUAGUAGUCUGGAUGCAGUACAAAGAAUUGUAGUUGCAUUGGAGGAUUGUUUCUUGUUUAAUGCUGGCAAAGGAUCAGUAUAUAACAGAGAUGGGGAGCAUGAAAUGGAAGCCACCAUUGUGGAUGGGCAUGGAAAUAACUCUGGAUCUGUGGCUUGCCUGCGAAAAGUGAAAAACCCAAUAAAAGCAGCCCGGUGUGUUAUGGAAAAGAGUUUGCACUCAUUACUAAUUGGAGAAGGUGCAGAAGAGUUUCUAGACAGUCUUGGAGAGAAAGACACAAUACUGAAAUCAGAGUAUUUUGACACUGACAUAAGAUAUAAGGAGUUGCUUAUGAAGUCAGGUAAUGACAAGAAUAACCAUCCUCAAACUGUAGGUGCAAUUGCGUUGGAUAAGUGGGGCAAGUUAGCAGCAGCCACAUCUACCGGAGGUUUAGUUGGCAAGUGGAAAGGCAGAGUCGGUGAUACUGCUAUAGUGGGGGCAGGAGUAUAUGCUGAUGAGAAACUUGCCGUGGCAUGCUCUGGUGAUGGUGAUGCAUUCUUACGCCAGUCAGUUGCUCACAAAGUAGCCAGCUUAUACAACCUCAAAGGUUACAGUCUCAGACAGGCUUGUCGGGAAGUUAUCCAUAAUGAUCUAGAGGAAAAGUGUGCAGGAAUUAUUGCUGUAGACCAUCAUGGUGAAACCGUUAUUGAAACCAAUGCUGGGGUUAUGUUUGUUGGUUCAAUGGUCAAUGGCAUUCCUCGAGCUGAAGCUUUGAGACCUAUGAGGGGGUUUUCAAAUGUGAUUUGGGAGACUAAUGAAUUGGUAGCUCACCUACAGCCCAAUCCUUGGACACCAGGAGCCACCAUUCUCACCCGAAAAACCAUUAAUGGACCUAGAAGCAUCUUUCAGUUAGUGUUGCCUGACUAUGUAGCAAUGAUGCAGGGGGCAAGGACUGUUGCCAAUCUCCUUUGCGAGAAACUUGGUGUGCACCGCUGUGCACUUGUGUCCAUGCCAGAAUUCGACAAGCCAGCCUACAUAAAAGUCUUGCCUCUCCAUGGCCUAGAACCAAACUGGAAGCCUCAUCUAGCUGAGGAAAUGGAGUUCAAUCCUUAUGAUCCUGGAUACUGUAGCUCCAAAUGUGGUCCACGAUGUGAAGAUAUACAUCUCGACCAGGUGCAGGCAAAGAUUCGCUCUCAACUCCCAACACCCAAUGCCCCUUCCUGCUUUGACUUCCAUGGGGAUCCCUCUGAUGGUGGCCUUUUCCCACGCAUUAUUCGUGGUGAAGAGCAACAGUGGCGUGUCUGGGAAGACAAUGAACAUGUGGCCUUCCUUACUCCUUUUCCAAAUACACCAGGCUUUACAGUUCUAGUGCCAAGAAAACCUCUUACCAGUGAUAUUUUCUGUCUGAAUGAGAGUGACACUACAGCCCUAAUUGUAGCAAUACGAAAGGUUGCUCAUCUUUUGCAAGAAGGAAUGAAUGCCCAGGGUGUAGCACUCAUAUUUGAAGGCUUUGAAUUUGAUUAUGCCCAUGCCAAACUGAUUCCAUUAGUACCUCAACCUAAUGACCUAAAACCUCCAACUGUUGCUUCUCAGUUCUGCCCAACUUAUGCAGGAUAUGUAACAUCAGUUGAUGGGCCCCCAGCUAACAAAGAGGACCUUACAGAGAUGCACACCAAGAUUACAAAGACUACUGCCCCUCAGUCCUGGAAAGACCCCCAGACUCAUGCUGCAUCAGCCAUUAAGAGUAAAUGGUAUCGCAGUCUCUUUCAAAUCCAAAACACCCUGUUUCAUAGCACGGUAGAGUACUUCAACAACAAAUGCAAGUAUGCUUAUGCACUGACACCUAUCACAACUGAUACAAUCUCUUCUCCAAUGGGUCUGGGGUCAGAUUCUGAGCCUGUGUUUGUCAACAUGCUGGGCCAAGAUGUAUAUCUAGCGGACUCUAUGCAGUUUGUUUUAGAGUACUUUAUGAGGUUUCACGAUGGUCUUCCUGGGACUUACUAUGUGUCCCCCAGUUUCAGAGGGGAAGAUCCUGAUGCUACACAUCUAAACCAGUUCUACCAUGUGGAAUGUGAGCUCUUGGGUGACAUGAAUAUAGCCAUUAGUAUAGCUGAAGGCUAUGUUGCCCAUUUGACCCAGGCAAUGCUAAAGGAACAUUCCGACAUUAUCUUAAACACAGCUGGUACACUAUCUCAUGCCAAAGAACUACUGAAGAACUUAGAAAAACCCCUUCCAAGAGUAACCUUGGAUCAAGCCAUUCACAUUAUGCCUUCCUCUGAUUGCCUUGAAUGGGUUCAGGAGGGACAACCACAGUUUGGAAGAAAGCUAACUCGAAAGGGAGAAAAAGUUCUAAUUGAACAUUAUGGAGGUGCUGUUUGGCUGACAGAAAUGGACCAUCUUGGAGUGCCCUUCUACCAAGCAUACACUGAAGGUUCAGACAGGAGCAAAGCCAAGGCAGCUGACCUCCUUUUAGGGUUAGGGGAGACAAUAGGACUUGGGGAGCGUCAUUCUACACCUGAAAUGGUACGAGAGGCCUUACAACACCAUGCUGUUCCAGAGGACUCAUACAAAUGGUACAUCAACAUGCGCCAAGUCAUCCCUCUUCUUACAAGUGGAUGGGGUAUGGGCACAGAGAGAUAUCUAUGCUGGCUUCUGCAGCACAAAGAUGUCAGGGACAUGCAAAUCAUACCCAGAAUGAAAGCCAAAAAGUUCAUGCCUUAAGUGGUAUAUAUUAGUCCCCAAGUGCUGUAUCUUAUGCAAGUGCAAGAGCUUUUUACAAACACAGGAUACUCAGUAAUUAUACUGACAGUUGUAGGAUUAUAAUUUUACAUAUAACGCAAGGAAUCAAUGCCAAACAUACUCUCAAGUUAAGUCAUGUCAAAAUGUUUUUCUAUAGCACAAGAUAAUAAGGAUAUGGAAUUUUGAAAUACAAGUUAUUCUAUAACUACACAACAUUUCAGAUUGUUACAUAUUUAAUUUUCUGACAACAGAAUUUUUUAUGUUUUGAGCUUGGCUUGGUUGACAGGUUGAUUUAUAGAAAUGCUGAAAUUGUUUAAAUCUAUCUUUGGAUCUUUUUCUCUUUCCCUGUUUUAUUUAACACUUUCUUAAAAUAUUAUAUGAAUGCAUUACAAACCAGCUUGCUGAUUUAUAAUAAAAUGUAUUGUAAGACUCUUUUAUAACGCUAUUUCAAAGUAUAAUAAUAAA